CAUCAUACCAACAGACAGACAGUCAUCAUUAGAUAAGAAGAAUGCUGCAGAAUAAGGAGACAGUCAUGAUGGAGGAUCAGCAAAAGUCAGCAUACCAAAAGAUGCUAAACAACAUAGCAAAUGACCUUGACCUUUUGCUGAAUGACUUUUGCACAAUAUACCCAACCAAAGAAAAUCAAGUGACCUUCAAAGCAUAUGGAACUGGGCAGUCAUGCAAUUCCAGUCACAUGGUGGGAGAGGAUAGUGCGUUUGGGACCCUAGCGUCCACUGACAGCUUUUCCCACAAUGAGAAAAAUGAAUCUUUAAAAUCAGGACAUCUUGACGUCUUCGGAUUACAGCCACAACAGGGCCUUCAAAUUCCCAGCAUUAUUAAUGAAUCAGAAGUAGGCCUACCCAUUAGAACAUGCAGUGAAACAAACCUUGAACAGCGACACCUUUCCUUUCAUGAACGUCUGACGAAAACACACCCCAUCUGGCACCUCCCAGAUAUAGGCAGAUCAGGGGCAGUUCAUCUCCUCAAAGACAGGGAACCAGGGACUUUCAUCAUCCGUAAUUCCAGCCAAAGCAAUACUAUAGCUCUGUCAGCUCAGUUCCCUGAAAAAGACCGGGCCAAUGUUGACCACUAUCUCAUUCAACAUUCAGAAAAAGGCUUUAGAAUCCAAGGCUCACUGCACUAUUUUGCAUCCAUUUUCCAUCUCCUGGAUCAUUACCACCACUGGACUGAUGAACUACCCUGUCCACUUCUACUACCCCCCACUAUCCGUAGAGCCAAGACUCUCCAAGAGUUGACCUCAUUGUCAUAUUUAGGCCAAGAUUUUUGGACAUCCUACAAGUUUGACAGAGGUUCCCAGAUGGACUUAUCCCUAAACAAACCAAACCUUCACAAAUCAAAAAGUGAACCAAUAAACAUCAUCCAUGGCAGUCACUGUAUUCUGCGAAAACCUACCUUGGCAUGUGAUCAGCAGGGUUCCUCCAGCACCCUGGAAACUCUUGGGAAAUCCUGCCAAUUUUCUUCCAGUAAAGGAAGUUUGAACCACACCCCCUCAAGUGUGGAGGACAAUAUGGGAAGAGGAUUGGACCACAAGAGACCCUCUGGAGAGGGAAGUUCUGCUGAAAGUCUUCUCUCCAAUGAAUCUGGUGGCAUGUCCAUUAAUCAACCUUCUCAGACUUCACUGUAUUUCACAACCUCUUUAGAUUUACUGAACAUUCCAGAGGAAAACCAAUAUUUCAAAAGUAACUUGUCGGACAAAAUGUCAGAUUAUGAGGACAUUUGGAGGCAUUCCUUUUCUUCACAUAGUGUGCUUAGUCCUGCUCCUCCUACACCAAAGAAAAAAUCUAGUAAGAAAGGAAAGAGGAAAGAAAGGAUGUCAGUGAAGGAAACAAUCAAGGAAAAAGAAGCUGUAGAGUCAGAAAAUUUGUGUGAUAGCCAUACUGCGAAAUCAGUGCCCGAGAAAGAGUUAAAAUAUGAUCUCAAUGCCUCCACUUUCCCUUCUCCAAAACCUAAAUCUAGCAUUCACAGGACUUUGAGUUUGGAUGACUACAAGAUUAAAAAUGCCAUACGUAGUGAAGAUGUGGAUGCUGAUCUCUUGGAUGUGAAGUUUAACACUAGUUCUGUACAAACUCAGACUAGUCCAAAAAUGAAAACAAAACCUUCUCCACUUCCUGUCAAUGAUGACUCUUCAUCAACAUCAACUGCUUUGUCAUCUGCUAAAAGCCCGGUUUAUGCUGAACCAUUUGACUCAUUGAAUGACGCAGAACUGAAGAAAGUUAAUCGAAGAUCAGCUCCAGCAAUGGGAAUCCACAAACGAAAGGCUAGAGCGGUCUCCCAGACUCCAGAGUUGGAGACAAUAUUCUCUCCAGGAUAUGGGGAUGAAGAUGGAAAUCAGACCUUUGAAAAUUUUGAAGCUCAGAACUCAAACAAUGGUCCAAACCGUGUUGACCAUAAAGCAUUACGGAGAACCCAAAGUGCCAAAGUUAAUUCUAGUAGAAAAUCUGAAAAAGACUCGCUUCCACCUUCAAUAAGUGCCUUGCGUCUUGACAGUAAAAAUUUAGUAAUUAAAAAAAAUACUUGUAAACAGUCUAGGAGCAAAACUAACAUCCUGUCUACCAACAAGAGUGUUAGUCGCAUUCACCAGAGUCGAGAAUUCUCUUGGGAGGAACUGUCCAAAGAGCAACAAAGUGAAGUGACCUCCACUCUGAGGAAGUUUCCAGUGUACAAGAGGAACUUAUCUUGUGAAACAUCAGCCACAGAUGGUACAGCUACGAUGGAGGACAUGAUAUCAUCUGUUAAUCCCACACUGACUGUUCGACCUGUGCAGUUUCUAAAUCCUCUGCAACAACUAAGCAGCCCUUCAGAAUAUGAUAACUUAAAAAAUCCAACUACAGACAAUAAACGUCAGUCUCACCUCAGCACUGGCACUGUGUUUUGCAAGCCUUGGGAUAAUGUGUCAUUUGAAGCUUUAAUGAAUCCAAAGUUUGUCCCUCCCAUGGAUGUGAAUGAGAGAAUUCAGGCCUGGCAAGCUGCCCAUCAAGGAAGGGACAGUUUGUUAUCAGACAGUACUCUAGAUUAUGUGUCUGAGGAUGAUGAUGAUGAAGUGGAAGGUGAUGAUAGUUGGGAUGACACUCCCAAAGUUUUUGUUCAUCCACCAUCUUCAUCAGGAGGAAGUGUUGUGAACCAUUCUUGUGAUCUGCAGCCUUCUAGUCAGUUACCACCACAAAUUCCACCCAAGUUAUUUCCUCCUCAGGAUUAUCCAGAUGUGUGUAAGACUGCAAUGAAAUCAGUGAUAGAAAAUAGACUCUCUGUUCACAGCUAUGGAGGUUUUGGAGAAAGUUUUCCCAAAUCUUCAGAAAGCAGUUCUGUUCAGCAUAUGCCAUUGUCACCAGCUGCAGAUGAAAAUAGAGAUUGUAAGCAAAGUACACCAGAAUCCAAAAUUAUUGAUUACAUUUGCAGACUUUCUAAAGACAAGAAGACAACAUUUGGUUGUACCAUAGAGAACUUUAUACAGUGUACACUGGAAAGUCAGGAAACAAAUCCACACCAUGUCACCAGAAAUGUUCGUCAGUUUAUGACUGGAAUAAGAAAUUAUCUAGUCAAGCAUGGGGAAGGUGAGCUGGAAGACCUAAUUGAGCAUGAACGAGCUCGACUGAGACAAAAUGAGAUCCUCAACAUUGACAACAUCAUCGAGCGGUCACUCCACAUCUGUGUUCUCCAUCCACUAAAACUCCACAUCUAUGACCUCUUUGUCACAGAGUACACAAGAAAUGGUAGUUUACAGAAGCUUUCCAGCAAUAUUAGAUAUGCCAGAACGAAGUCAGCCAAGGACAUAGGGAUAAGGCCUGAUAUUCCUCUACCAGAUUCUGCUACCAUGGAUACCAUAAAGAGCCAUCUACAUAGUAUGCAGAAAGCUUAUUCUCCUCUAAAGAAAAUGGAGCAUCUGCUGGCAGCAACAUCUACUAUCUACAAAUGUAUGACUCAAAAUGUCAGCAGAAAAGAGGGAGUUGUGACAAUAGGAGCUGAUGAUUUCCUACCAAUGUUGAUCUUUGUACUGGUGCACUGUGGGAUAGUGGCUGCAGAAAUAGAAGCAGACUAUAUGUGGGGGCUAAUUCAUCCCUCCCUGCUCAAUGGAGAGGGGGGAUAUUAUCUAACUUCCCUUAGCAGUGCUGUACUAGCCCUCAAAAACUUUCAAAACAUGCAGGGAGCACCAACUGAUUCUCAGCAGGUGGAGGUCCCAGCUCUUGGUGAUAUGGAGGGUUUUUUGAAAGUAGCCAUUCCUGAUGAGUUAAGGGAUACUAUCAUCUGGAAAACACUUCCUGUCAGACCAAACAUGAAUACAAAGGAUGUCUGUUCCAUGAUUGCCCACAAGUUCAGGAUCACAAACCCUCAGGACUAUGGCCUCUAUCUACUGGUCCAGGGAGAAGAAACUCGUCUUGGUGACAUGAAUAUUCCCCAGGUGAUAAAAUCUGAGAACAACUCACAUGGAAGACAGCCAGUGUUUGCUUAUAAACGGAAUGCUGCAAUUAUAGCCUGGCCAAUGUCAGUUAAAAGACAACAGAACUGCUGAAUGCAAAGAGAGUGCGAGAACUUGACAAAGAUGCUCAAUUUGUUGGAGACAUUUUAUUUAAACAUGUAUUUUAUCACUGUUGGAUCUUCAGAAUUUUUAUUUUGGGUAAAAAGUGAUAUUUUUUUUAAGAAGAGAUUUGCAUGACAAGUUACAGAUAGAAAUUUCAGUGCAGCUUAAAGUAUAAAACAAAAACCUUACAACAAACUUUAGUACAGCUUGCAUAUAGAAAAUUGUUUUAUUAAGCUUUUCCUUGAAUUAUUGACACACUUUAUUAUACUCCCCCUCCACAAAAAAAAUUUGGGGAUAUACUAAGUAUAGGAAUCACCUUGUCCAUCUGUCUGCUCUUGCAAUCAUGUCCAUGCCUUGAUUUUUUUAAAUGAGAAACAUUGGAAGCUCAUACAUGACACAAAGAUUGUUUUGAGGUGUGUCAUGACAUUGAUUCAAGGUCACUGGCAGAUAUAGUAAAAUGUCUGUGUCCAUUUCAUAACUUUCUUAAUAUGAAGAAACAUUAGAAGUUCAUACUUUAAACAAAAAUUACUUCUAUCCUGAGGGUGUGUCAUGACCUUGACCCAAGAUCAUUUGGUCAAGUUCAAGGUCGCUCAGAAAAGUGUAUCUUUUCCCUGUGCUGACCAUGUCUUAAUUUUAAUAGAGAAAUACUUGAAGGUCAUUCUUGGCACAGAAAUUUUUAAUGAGUAAAGGUUGUGUUGGAACCUUGAAUGAAGGUCAUAUGGACAAGUUCAUAAUCAUUGACAGAAAAAGUGUAUAAUCCAAGUCUGGUUCAUAACUUUGUAAGAAAAAAACCAUGGGAUGCUACACUUUGAAAAAAAAAUUGAAAGGUGGGCAGUAUAUUUUUCUGAGAUAGUGCCUCUAGUUUACAUGUUAAGGACUUUCUUUGGAAUGAUUUUUUAUGCAUGUGUUCAGCUGUUUUAGUGUAAAUGAGAAAUGGUUUUAUGACAAUUAAUUGGCUUGAAUAUUUUUGCCCAUUCAGUUAUGAAUCAGAUAUUAUUCUAGACGUCACUAAUCCAUAAUUUAAGUUCUUAAUCCUUUUUGGUUAUUUCCUUGAUAAAGUUCUUUAAAUGUUACCUGGGUCAUUCUGGUGACUAUUGCUGUUAAUUUUUGUCUUGUUGAUUGUUUUGAAAUAACAUGGAACAUUCAUACAGGAAAUUGGGAACAAAUUGUGAAUUUCAUAGUGUGUGCCCCUUUGGAGACUGAGGGUUGGGGCUGUCAUAUUUUAUCAAAUGUCAAAAUUUUCUCACUGUCUGGGGGCACACUAUGUGCUUAAUUAUAAUAAACAAUGCCUGGAUUUAAAACUAGUACAUGUACACUUUAACAAAGACGUAUUUGAAGCUCAUCUGUGACAAAAAGAAUUUCUCUUGACAUGAAGAUGAGGUUAAUUGUCAAAGAAGCCCAUUUUAACAAGGUCAGGGUCGAACACAGGAAAUAUAUUUUGUUUAAAUGAUAUGUUGGUCACAGAACAAACUAAGAAUCUUGUAUGUAACAUCAAAGAGAAGAACACUGCUCAUGUUACUUUUGUGUUUGUCAGAGCAUUUGGGCUUCUUGUUUUCUGAAGUGAUGAAGUGUUUCUUAAAAAUAAUUUAAGGUAAAAUCUGAAAUGUUUUUAGUUUGAAACUGAAAUAAAGUGAAAUUAAUAAAUAUACAAUAGAUAGCUGUAUUACUGCUUAUAAUAAUCAUGUUUGUAAUUACUUAUUCAAAUCACAAAUUAUUUAUUGCUUAGUGAGUUCAGAAUAACGAUUGCUUGGUUACUAAAAAAAAUUUUGGGAGGGCUAGCAUAUGCUAAUGUUAUUUGGUGCUUUUGACCAUUAUGUUGUGCAUUGUCACAUAAUGACAUUGUGUAAUCAUUUUUUGUUAGCAACUUAAUUCCAUUUAGAGGAAAGCAAAUUUUUUAGUAUGUAGUAAAAUAACAUCUUUCAGAAUUCUUUUGCUUAAAUUUAUGAAUGUACAUGUACAAAGAAUGCGUGUUUAAGCUGAAUGCGUAUGAAUCCUCUUUCCGUCCAUAAAAUCUUUUCUAUGCAAUUUUCCAUAUACCCAUUAUGUAGAAUAAUAAACAUUCAUUAACAAAAUGGAAUGUUUUACUGUGAUCCACUUUAUAGUUUCAUUAUAAACCAUUCCAUGCGCAGCUGAUAUUUUAUUUAAUUUUAGUGCAAUUCUGCAUGACUUUAUGAAUGAAAAUAUUGUUUGAUAUAUGGAAUAAAAUAUAUUCCAUAUGUAAUUCCAAGUUUUAACAAUGUAUUGACAGAAGUUGAUAGUAAGAGUUGUGCAUGUGUAUUUUAUUUCCAUACCAUUAAUGCACAGUCUUCCUUUUGCCUUUAUAUGAUACCCCUUAAUUAUAAUAAGUUUUUCCUUAUUAUUCAUCUUUAUAUCUGUGCAGCACUGUUUAUACGCUGGUAAGACAUUGCUUUCCCACUAUAUUAUCUCACUGAUAGGGGUAUACAAUAUGUACACAGAACUAUUCAAUUUAUUAUUAUUUGUGAAUAUGUAUUGUUAGAGUUUUUCUUAUAUACCACUCAUCAUUCACUGAAGUCAGUGAUAAUGACAGAAUGGAGGAUCAUUUAAAACUGAAAGUACAGUGUAUAUCAACUUUAUAUGUGCCAUAUUUUCAGUAUUAUUUUGUGUGCAUCAUCAGCAUCUGUUAGUAUGUACUCUUUAAUUUUUCAGAAUGACAUUUUCAUUCAUCAGUAAUACAUGUCUCAGCAUUAUUUUUGGUAUUUCUGUUUUGUGCUAAAUAGUACAAAAGUAUCCACAGAUAUGGAUUUAUUUUUAUUUUACUGUCAGUCUAAAAACUGAUUUUUUUUUUCAUUAAGCUGCAACAGCUUUGGUGCAUGUACCUAGGUACACUGUUGGUUGUUAUGUGACUAAUUAAAGUCAAACAAGUUGUUGUGAUGUUGGAGAAAAAACUCCUAUGUUCUUUUUAUCACAAAUGUAGUGAAUAAAAGUUAUCUACGUGAUGUG